AUGCAGUUUAUUUGUCAGGUAAAUGUAAAUCCAAAGGAAUAUUGGGAAAUUGUUGGAGAACUCGGUGAUGGUGCAUUUGGGAAGGUCGAAAAAGCUGUUUCCAAAUCAGACAAGAAUCUUUACGCAGCCGCUAAGAUGAUGCUGGAGUUUUGCGGAGGUGGUGCUGUUGAUGCAAUCAUGAUAGAGCUGGAAAAGCCUCUAACAGAAAAGCAAAUCGCUUACAUCGCAAGAUACACCUGCGAGGCGAUGGCUUUUCUGCAUGAGAGCAACGUUAUUCACCGCGAUUUGAAAGCAGGCAACAUUCUCCUUACUAUAGAUGGAGUUGUCAAAUUAGCUGACUUCGGCGUAUCUGCAAAACUGAAGGAUCGGAACGAGAAAAGGGAUACAUUUAUCGGAACACCUUACUGGAUGGCUCCAGAAGUCAUGAUGUGUGAAACGUUCAAGGACCAGCCUUACGAUACACGCUCUGACAUCUGGUCGUACGGUAUCACUCUAAUUGAAAUGGCUCAAAUGGAGCCUCCUCAUUCCAAUGUGUCUCCAAUGCGAGUCUUGAUAAAAGUGCAGAAAUCGGCUCCUCCUACACUCGACAAUCCAUCUAGCUGGUCGAUUUUCUUCGUAGAUUUCCUUUCUCAUUGUUUGGUAAAGGAUCCCUCGGAGCGGCGGACUGCCAAACAACUUUUAUCUCAUCCUUUCAUUGCAAGCGCCACUGACCGCCACCCAGUGUUAGCCCUAUUGGCCGAAGUCAAUGCGGAAAUUCAAGAGGAAGUUGUCAUCGACGAUGAUCGUGCCAGCUGUGACGAAAAUAAUACAAGAUCCAUUGUAGUGUCAGAGGAUUCAGUUUGGGCUGCUGUUGCACCUAUCCCCCAGUCCAAAGAUGGUACACAGCAAUUAGCGGACCCUGUGCUUAAAAAGAGAGCUGCUCCUCCUCCGCCUACUGAUGGGCCGAAAGUAUCGUCACCUACGAUAGUCGAGACGAAGCACCCCGACAAAGAGCUAUAUAUUCAGCCUUCUCCGCAGCAGCUCAAGGCUGCAGGAGAUCUAGUUAGCCCUGGACGCGAAGCUCUUAACAUUCUUGACGACUUGAAUGUUACUCUUGACAAGCAAAAUUCUUCCUCAAUUUCCAUCCUCAAUGAUGAUGCCCAUAGUCAAGAGUCUUUCAAGCCCGCGCCGGAUCUUGAACAUACCACCGAAAUUACUGUACACAGUCCGACCCCGCAACAUAAAAUCAAAGAUGUUGUCGGCGCUGUACGUGCAGCCACAAAAUCUCCUAGCCCACAGUUACACAAGGAUCGUCAAAAAUCUCCAGCCACUUCAUCCGAAAACGUUUACUUCCGUAAUUCGUUGUCAAAAUCUGCGUCACAGCAGAGCGUUCAGGAUAAGGCCGUAAUCAAAGUUGGAAUAGAUGUUCCUUAUAUACCUUUAUCAAGCGUGGUAGAUUCUGCUCACGGGUCCGAGAAGCCCGGUCAAAUCACUGAAAAGGAGAUGUUGAAGACCAGCCUAAGUGCUUCCCAGGACAAGUCGGGAGAUGCUGGAGUAGGAAUAAGGAAGCAUCCGCAUCGGCAAACCGUUACAAAGAAAACCCGCACAUACACUAUUGAUGGAAUGCAGGUCACAUCUACAACAAUGCAUGUCCUUGGUGCAAAGGAAGACAUGCAAAUGAGGUUUCAAAUUUUUCUUCCGGCUUCAUUUUUUUGUUUGAGGAAGCAACAGUUACAAGAUCUAAGGAGGCUACAGAGGGAAGAAGCUCGUCAAAAACAAAAACUACAGCUUGAAGGAGCUAAUUUGGUUGAACAGCAAGAGCGGAAAUUUCAACAGGAAAAAGCUGUUUCCACAAGGCAGUACGAGAUUGACAUGGAAGCAAUGGAGCGCAAACAGAAGCGAGAAAUUGAAGAGGCAGAGAAGUUGCAAGAAGAGGAGAUGAGACAAGCUCAAAAACGGCUUAAAUAUGAACAGGAAAAAGAAUUGCGUGGUUUCAAAGAUCGAUUGAAGCAAGAGAUGAAGAUAAUGAAGCAGGAAAUGGAUAUGCUUCCUCGGCAGCAAAGAAGAGAUGCUUUAAGGAUGAAGAAGGACCAAAUGGAGCAUGAGAAUCACAUGAAGGAGGCUGAUUUCGUCAUGCAGCUGCAGAAGAACGCGGAAGCAACUCUUGCUAGGAUGACUCAGAGGCACAAGGAAGAAGAAGACGAGCUUGUUCGAGCGCUCGCAUUAGAUCGAAAAAAACUUCCGAAGAUGUUGCGAAACGAGGCAAAGACACGUAGCGUCAUGUUUAAAGAAAGUCUUCGUAUUAGCAUGCAGUCUAUGACUCCAGCGGAAAUGGCUGAAAAGCUAAGACGGUUUGACGAGCACGAGAAUAUGCGAAUUAGAAAUGCUCUGGAGGAGCAUGAUUUAAAAAGCGCGAAAAAGAUAGCUCAACUGAAGGAGAAACACCAGCAAGCCAUGAAUGAGCUCGAUGAGAUGCAAAAUGAAAAGAGGAAGCAGUUGCUAGAAAAGGAGCGUAAUACCAUGCAAGAACAUGAGAAGCAAUACUUCAGCAUGAGAGAACAGUGGCAGGCUGACUUGGCUCCUAGAAAACUGUUGCUAGAAAGAAGGUUUCAAGAGGAAAUGGAGGCUCAGGAAAGAUUUUAUGGUAUUCCUCUCAGCGGUACGAUAGCCUCAACUCCUGUACUUCAAGCUCGUGUCCACUGA